UGUGAACAGUUAAAAGAAAUAUGUUGCGCAAAAUUAUAUUUUAGUGUGAAUUUAAAUUCAGUUUGUAAAGCCAGUUUAUGAUGUAUACAUUCAAUGCAACAACUCCUUGUAUCAUUGGAGCCAUGCCUCCAAAUAUUUCCAUUUUAACAACUACUAUAGAACCUCAUUUUGCAAGGCAAAUAAUGCAUUUCAAUAAUCAAACAGUUGUUAGUAAAGUGCCUGAAGAGAUGUUACAUUUAAUUGAUACAUAUUGGUAUCAGUUUCCUCCAUUGGAUCCAUUAUGGCAUAAAGUCUUAGGUUUAGUUAUGAUAGUAUUAGGUAUUAUGGGAUGGUGUGGAAAUGGUGUAGUGGUUUAUAUAUUUAUAAUGACACCAUCCCUAAGAACACCAAGUAAUCUUCUUGUAGUAAACCUUGCCUUUUCCGAUUUCAUUAUGAUGGGUUUCAUGUGUCCACCUAUGGUAAUUUGCUGCUUUUAUGAAACAUGGGUUCUUGGCCCCUUAAUGUGUGAUAUUUAUGCAAUGGUUGGAUCAUUAUGUGGAUGCGCUUCUAUAUGGACCAUGACAGCUAUUGCUUUAGAUAGAUAUAAUGUUAUAGUGAAGGGGAUGUCCGGAACACCUCUUACGAUCAAAAGAUCCAUAAUUCAAAUUUUGGGUAUCUGGUCUUUUGGUUUAAUAUGGACAAUCUUACCUUUAGUAGGGUGGAAUAGAUAUGUUCCAGAGGGUAAUAUGACAGCAUGUGGAACAGAUUACCUUACACAAGAUUGGGUUUCCAAGUCGUAUAUAUUAGUUUAUUCUUUUUUUGUCUAUUACACUCCAUUAUUCACCAUUAUUUAUAGCUAUUAUUUUAUUGUUUCAGCUGUUGCAGCACAUGAGAAAGCGAUGAAAGAACAAGCAAAAAAGAUGAAUGUCGCUUCUUUACGAUCUGGAGAAAAUCAAGGUGCUAGUGCUGAAGCAAAAUUAGCAAAGGUAGCACUAACGACAAUAUCGCUAUGGUUUAUGGCAUGGACACCAUAUCUUGUGAUCAAUUACAUUGGAAUAUUUAAUCGAUCUCUGAUCACACCCCUUUUCACAAUAUGGGGUUCUCUCUUUGCGAAAGCGAACGCAAUAUAUAAUCCGAUCGUUUAUGGAAUUAGUCAUCCAAAAUACAGAGCCGCGUUAAAGGAAAAGCUACCGUUCUUAGUAUGUGGCUCAACGGAAGAACAAACCGCUGGAGGGGAGAAAACUUCAGAAGCUGGUGGAAACUCAUAAAAUGAAUCGAAAAUUUGAAUGUUAUUUUAUUUUAUUGUAAAUACAUAGAAUGUUUUGUAAAUUAAGUAUUAUCCGAAAAUUGAUUUAAGAAGGGAGUGCUCGCACUUUUAAAGGAAAUAAUGAAAUUUAUAGGUACAGUUGCUUGCAGAAUUUAUUCGCUUUUAUAAAAUUAAGGUACAGAUGUUCCCUUCAUAUUUCAUGGUGAAUGUGAUGUGCUUACUAAUCUAGUAAACAUAGAGCUGUUACCUGGUGUACCAAAGUGACCAUGUAUAUUGUUACGCAAUAAAUGUACAAAAUUAAAAUCAUACCUAUGAAUUGAUGUAAAAUGAUCCGCAUUGUGGUGAGAUGCGCAUCACGCAUUCAAUCACAGGCGAUUCAAAUAUUGAUCAUUUAAUGUCGCGUAUACAAUGACUUCGUAUACUGGAGUUGUUCCUCACCGAAUUAGAUGUGCCGGCCAUUAGGCUAUACUUUUGAAUGUUUGAACAUAUUCGAUUUAAACUGCUUUAAUUUUGAAUGUUUAAUUGACCACAUUGAUAAUUUU